AGUUAACAUGUCAACAGUUCCACCUAUAAAAUGUCCAACUCAUAAAGAUUACUUCAUAACAAAUAUGUGCAUAUUGAAAUAAUGCACUGAACCUCUAUGUCCUGAAUGCAUACCAAGACACAUAAAGGAGCACGCUGCAAAUGGAUAAAUUCCAUAGAUAGAAAAUAUAUAAAACGUUAGAUAAGAAUAGAAAGCAAUGGUAUUCGACAUAGUGUAGAAGUUAAAUGAAUAAAUGUUUUUGUUAAGUAGCACAGAUGAAAUGGUGAUUAUGAAUAAUUUGUUUAUGAAGCUGGAAUAAACAAAAUAAGAAAUCAUAAAAUCUAUAAAUACGAGAUUCGAAGAAUAUAAACAAGAGUUAUAGAAUAGAUUUAGAGAAGUGAGAGGCAGUAAACAUGAUAACAGUAAAGAAAGUAUUGAUCUGGUUAAGAUGGUAUUGAUUUAAUGAAUAAAAUAUAGUAAUUAUAAAGGAUGGAUAAUUUGCUUAACAAAUUUGAAAGUAGUGAGUAUAUUUAAGCAAUUUUGGAAACCUUUUUUAAUGACAUAGGUCCAUAAAUAUAUCAAAAUUUAGAUAAGAGAUGUUAAGAGUAUUAAUAACAAUUUCCUGAUUUAAUGAUAACGAAUAAUGUUCAUAAUCUUUUAUUGUAGGAUUUGGAUUAAUAUAUAUAGAUUUGUAACAGAAACUAGAAAUAAAGAAUGGUAUCAUUAAGAGAGUAAGAAAUAGUAUAAUAAUUAACAGGAGAAAAGCCAACUCCAGUUUAAGGAUAAUAAUAAUAAUCUCAAAUCAAAAAGGAAAAUGUAUCUGAUAUUAAUGGUAAUAAGGAGAGUAAGUAAUUAUUAAAGAAUAAUGUUUAUACUAAAUCUUAUCAGAGCAGUUAAAAUUAAAAUAUUGCAAGAGAAUACCUUUCUUCACAAUCAUCUUUUAAACCACAAUUUGUACACAACACAUCUGAAUUAAUAAAAGUAAUGCAGGAUGAUUAAGUAUAAUAAUUGAAGAUAGUAAGUUAAUAAUAAAGUAGCUUUAUUUCAAGUAGUGAAGAAAUUUUAGUAAGUUGCUAUGCAGAUUAAAGAAAGAUAUUGAUAUAUAGAAUGCCAAAAUUCAUACAACCAAUGAAAAAUUUAAAUAUAUCUGAUUUUUAAGAGAUUAAUUUAAUUCUAGAUAAACGAAUUGCAGUUGGACAUUAAUGUAUAAUGUAUGGAAAAGACAUAUUAAUAAUUGGAGGAAUUGAAAGAGAUAUAGAUAGAAACUUAAGUAUUUAAUCAGUGUACAAAGUGAAUUUGAUUUAAAAGACUUUAAAUUUGCAUUCAAAUAUGAUACAUAGAAGAUAAGGAUUUGGUGCUUGUUUAGUUGAUACAUGCAUUUAUGUUUGUUGUGGAUCAUCAACAGAUUGUGAAGAUAGUAGUAUAAAUACAUUGGAAAGAUUUGAUGGGUAAAGAUGGACUCCUUUAAGAUCUUGUAUGCAUGCUUGCACAGGAUGUUCAUUAGGAAAUAUUAAUAAUGAAUAUUUAAUUAAAAUAGGUGGAAUUGAUAAGCAAUACGUUAAUAUUUAAACAAUAGAGGUUUAUUCAAUUAGAUAAAACACUUGGUUUGAUUUGUAGAUAUAUGAUAGUUAAGGAAAUUUGUGGAAUGAAAUACCAUUACAUAGUGGAUUAGCAUAAAUAAAUUAGACAGAAUUGAUGGUAUUUGGUGGAUAAUUAGGUGAAGAAUUUACUGAUAAAUCAUAUGUAAUUACUUUGGAUUUAACCACAACUACCAUUAGAUCUGGAAUUGUACGAAGGUAUUUUAAAUUAUUAAUAAUAUUUAGAGGAUUUCAAGUACCUACUAUUGGGUAUGUGGAUUAAGUUAAAGUUUAUGAGAAUUCAGUUUAUGCCAUUAUGACUGAAGGCGUACAUUUAGCUGGGACCAAGAAAACUGUUAUUAAUUGUAAUAAUGAUAAAUGGAUAUAUAUUAAUAAUAUUAAUGAGUGA